AUGCAUGUUAUGUUGUGCCAGAUCUUGGCUAAAGUAGACUUAACCGUGUAUGGCAUCGAAGGGAAACUUGACAGUCGCUAUCUAAUCGCCACCCAGUCGGUUCUUCGCGACAUUGCUAAGGUUACUGAGCAAUUGAACACGUCGUUUGACUUGUACGCAAAUGGCGCAAUGAAUGGGAUCUCGCGGAUUUCGGCGCACUUGCAUCUCCUUGAACAUCAGUGCAUUAUCCUAACUACAAGACCACUCUUAUACAUAUUUCUCCAAUCCAAACUCGGUCAUUCCGACCCUGCGCUGAUGGGCUGGCUACAAUCCGGAACUGUGAAAGCCCUGCUUCAGAUAUGCGUGGAAUCCGCCCAACAGACUCUCAGGAUUCUAUCAAACCUACUAGAACAGGGAUUGCUAGAAACCUUCCUCCCACUCGACAUGGACGCCGCAUUUACAUCCACAGUCCCCCUUCUAAUGGCUGCUGCCAUCGACCCGUCUCUACUACCUGACCACACGCCCUGGUCUCAUCGCGCGUACACCAUUUUAGAUGAAAUGAGUACUCGAGGCAAUCGCUCUGCGAGAUUAAUCCAGUCCGAACUGAAACAGUUGGAUGUGGAGCUUGCCGAAUUGUUGAGUGGGGGAAACACUAACCCGGCAAUGGCCUUGCAAACCCCUUCUUCUCUCUGCGGGCUCGCACAUGGAAGCGAUCCUGUCGGGAAAAUAAACACGGUUCCAAGUAAUGCAGAUACUCAGCACGCCUUAGAUAUUGACCCCGGAGAUGCACUUGACCAGCAGUAUGAGCUGAGCCCGGAUCAGUUGAUGGCGUUGGCCAACUCCUUGGAUGUGGAUAGCUUGACUUGGCCGUUUCCUUCGUUGGAAGAUUUGUCCGUUUAG